AUGUACAUAGAUAACAACAUACCAUUUCUUUCAGAGCAGAGGAAAUCCAAUCCGACAAUUGAUUUUGUUAAUUUUAGAAGCUGUUGCGUUACCUUCAUCAAGCAUGUUCCAGAUAAUCAGGGUGCGACAAGCCGGAGGUUUGUGUCAAUUCAAAUUACAAUUCACACUACUUUUAACAAUGAGAGUCAUUUCUUGUGCUAUUUGUGUUCUGCUUACUACAGCUAUAUGGGAGAGCGUGUAAGUUAUCACAGUGAUUUGUAAAAAAAUUAUAUUUGUAAAAUCUCAGCGAGAUUGAAAUGAGUAAUUCCAACGUUUUCCUGCAUUCGUCAAUCUGGUCCGAACUUCAUCAGGGAAAUUAAUCGAAAUUAACAUAACAACAGUGGUUUAUAUAGAAA